AUGCGUGAUUCAGCUGUAGUAUUAUGGAUCGGAGGCGAGGCCAAAAAUCAACAAAUGUGCAAAUUUGCCUUUGGAUCGACGGGCAAAGCUACAUUUCCAGAUUCACAGUGCCAGAGUAACCGUCCUAAUUUGUGCGAGAAGGCGAAACUUGAACAAAUUUUUGAUUACGAUUCCCAGGGGCAAAGCAACGUUUUGUGGAAAUGCGUGGUUCUUCGUGGAGAAGGGAAAUUGUUUCGUGUCUGGAAAGCAGGCGUGAGAUCACCCCACUGA